UGCUAAUAAUAUCAUAUAUAAAAGCCCCUUUAUUUUUCCACUCAUCCUUUUGGAUCACUCCAAUAUCAUAAUCAAACCUAGCGUUAGAUCAUCAAGCUUCUCAGAAAUGGGAGGCAACUGGUCUGACAACAAGGGCACGGAAACUAUUGACCCCACGAAGGUUUCGCGCAGGAAUGAUAACUCCCUAGACAGCCGGCUUGAGGAUGAAUACCAUUACAUGGGUGAUUUAAUUCAGGGCAUGAAUCGCCGAUAUAGGGAAGAGGAAGAACGAGCACGGCACCAGGGCAAGGACGCUCUGAAGGAAUUCCACAAAAAUGCGAUCAGGCCCGACGAAGCUCAGCUGCUCGAGCUAUUCAAAAAGUCUGACACAGAUAACGAUGGUUACGUUACUGUUGAUGAGUAUGUCAAAGGUGUCAAGGCUUAUCUUCACGAGCAGGAGUUGCAGGACUUUGAACGUCGGUAUAUCAGGUUAGCACGAUACUGAGUACUCAAGACACCUUUUAGUAUCGUGAAUCGGUAAAGGCUAG